CAGACAUCUCGCCAUAACUUUGAGCUUAGUAUUGAAUAUCAUAGUGAGACUUUUCCGCAUCUGCAACAUCUACUAUAACCUACAACUCUUGCCUCAGAUUACCCCGGCUGCCCCACCCAAAUACUACAUUACUGGAAACAUGGGGACAUUAUUGGCUAGCACCCUCAGGCUGAAGCAAUAUAGUGCAAGAUACCGGGUUCGCUCGUUGCUGAAAAGUUCUGAAAAAUGGUAUCUCCAAUUUUGAAAAACCCCCUGUGCGCUUAACUCAUACCGUACCCGAGGAACAAUACGCUGCAGGUUUCUAGACUGGUGCUGGACCACGAGCUACUCUUUAGAUGCCGAGCACGAUAGGGUAGCGGGAGACCGCCGCCUGCGGUGGAAUUGAUACGAUCCUCGUACGGUACUCGUACCCGAGUGCUCAGGCUUAACCUGAGCAAAAAAGAUGCCAACUCAUUCAUACGGCUCGCUGCACUGCCGGUAUCCUGCUCAACUACCGGCACCGUACUCAAGUCGCCGGAUCAAAGUCGCUCCUAUUUUGGUGGUGACCCACCAACAAAGAAGACGCGGCUUCAAUCCAGGGACAUCGACAUGAGUAAAGUUGCCUACCCGUACGUACGGUACCCAAGCAUCGCGGGUGACACCUCCUGAAAGGUGGGGAGAGGGACUAACCUGUCGAUACUCGUCCCAGGCAAAGGAGCCUGGAAAAA